AUGGUUGAGGGUGACAGUGAUGGAGGCAAGACAGGAUGGAAGGAAGGGAGCGAGGACGAAUCAGGGAUGGAAGCAGAGCAUCGUACUAGAUACUCCUGCCUGUGGUCUCUACACCUUGAGGGACAGCCAGGUGUGGUCUCUGCACCUCGAGGGCCAGCUAGGUCUGGUCUCUACACCUUAAGGGCCAGCCAGGUGUGGUCUCUACACCUUGAGGGCAAGGAGGGGGACCAAACACCAGCGCCAAAGCGUUCGCUCACAAGUGACGUGAUCUCCACCACACUGUGUCUCCGGGAAGCUGCCAUGUUGUUUCUGGUGGUGAUAGUGAUGGUGGUGGGCAGCGAUGUGUUACUCUCCCCUACCCACGCCCUCAACGUCUGGAGAGACACUCAUGACUACAUAGACUAUGCGAUUAUGAAAAGUUGCUUCGGUCCAGAUGUGGCCUUUGCUCUGGAGAAGGCAACCUUUGACAUAGGAAAGAUGUGCGAGGAUAAUGUGCAGAACACACUUUCCUCCGUCUUCCAGCCAAUCGAGACCCCAUUGCCGACACGUACAAGGAGGAGCAUAUUAAAGCUGUCGGAUGAUGCUUCCCUGGAUAUAAUCAUGUGCAAUCUUCAGGGCUUGAAUUUGGUUAAACCAAAUUACAAAAUGAACUACAACACAGUGCCUCAAUUGAUUCAAGACUCUAAACUCGACCAGAAGAUGAAAAGUGACUUAACCGAGAAGGCAGCACUCUGCAGACAGCAUCAAGAAGAGAUCCAGGAGCUUUUCACACAAAACAAUAAGACAACUCCAAUCGAUGGCCUCAUUACAGGGAGCGCCUACAUAGGGUGUCUAGUUCAUGAAGGGCUGGGAGUUUGCAAAAAGCAUGAGCAGCAGCACUAUGCUUCUGUGUUCAAGUAAAUACAACCUUAGGAUGAGACACUUGCAUUUGCCUUUAUUUUUCAAAUCAAAUAAUUAUUAGAAUUAUUAUAUUAUGAGUAUCCUGAGAAGCACAUAAUAUUUUAGAGAUGCAAACUCCACAAAAAAAUAUUUGAAUUUGGACAUUCACCAAUAAUUGGCAAGCAAUCACAGCUUCUAACCUGUUUCACCCAGUUCCAAAGAACACUUGUGGGUGUAACAUGAUUGUAUUACCCAUACACACUGAAUUAUCAAUGAAUUUAUACAUUUAACUGAUAAUUCUGUGUCUGGGGUAACAAAAGUGCAUGUGUUCUAGCCACAAAUGUUCUCAGGAAUUUGGUAAAACUGGUCAGAAGCUGUAAAAUCUAGCCAAUAACUAGCAUAAGUAUUUCAAUAAUUGGCAAAAAUACAAUUUCAGUAUAUCAAUAAUCGGCAUAAUUCUUGGUAGAUUUUCAUGUACCAGUUUUUUGGAGUCCCUGACAGCUAGCAGUGAUUUUCGAGUCCAAAUAGCAUUCUUUUUAUUACAUGUAUUAAAGAUUAUAUACAGCACUUAA